CUUGAUUUCAGCCCCACCAAAUCGACUUUUUCCUGAACCUCGACCAUCGUGAAAGGACUCGCUUCGACUUCCUCGCGAUCACCUCCAAGAUGGAUUCCGAAGACCCCCAAGAGCGUCCCGAGGACGUUACCAACAUCAUAAACGGCCUAGAGCGAUACAACCCCGAAGCCGUGGGUAACCUGGAGGACUAUCUACGCCACCAGUGCGAAAACAGAUAUACCGAUUCCAAUGCGAAUCGGACCUUACUGAAGCUAUACCAACUCAACCCCGACCGCGUUAAGGAUGAGGUCAUCACAAACAUCUUAGUCAAGUCCCUUACUCUGUUCCCGUCGCCCCAGUUCUCCCUGGCGCUGCACCUGAUCUCUCCCAACCUCGUGGCGCCUAACCAGCGUGCCGAGCUACCUGAGGCCAUCUCCAAGCUGCGGGAGCUGAACCUUCAGCUGCAGGGUGCGCAGUACGCGCGUUUCUGGGCGACGCUGGAUUCGGACGAUCUAUAUGCCGAUCUGACCACCGACAUCGACGGCUUCGAGGAGUUGAUCCGCGGCCGCAUCGCCAACCUCAUUAGCCACGCCUACCGCGAGAUUGAGCUAUCCGUACUUGAGCAGUGGCUCGGCCUCGAGGGCCAGGCUGCCGUUAAGUUCGUCGAGGAGACCGUCGGCUGGAAGGUCGAAGGUGCCAUCGUCAAUAUCCCCCGCAACCCCGAGAACGAGGCCAAGAAGAGCGAAGUCCGCGAGGACGUCAACGUAGACAUGUUCUCAAGAGUCAUCAGACGGGCCUGGGAAGAGACCGUAUAAUCUUACCUGGGACAACUUGUCUGGGGUUACGAUUUUGGCGGCAACGGUGGUGGAUCGGUAGCGAGACUAAAACAGCAUUGGGAAAGACGACAAAUACGUCUUUGGCGUUACGGAUGACGAGUUCGGUAAUUUCCGGAUUUGAUGUGCUGUUUGCUCCGCCGUCGUUAGAUAGGCGGCCAUGAGAUAUCAGAAAUGAAUAAAAAUCACGAUCUGAAUGAA